CCCUCCGCCCACUCCCCCCACCCGCACGGCCACACCUCUCCACCUCCGACGACCACCACCACCACCAUGGCGGCCGCCUCCCUCUCCCGCCUCUCCCGCCGCGCCACCUCCUCCGCCGUCGCUGCGGCGCCCUCCCUCCGUCGCCUCCUCUCGGCAACCUCCACCGCCCCCGCCGCGCAGUCCGCCCCGCCGCCGCCGCCGAGCGCGGCCUCGGCAGCUGCGGCGGGCGCGGAUCGAGUGCGGUGGGACUACCGCGGGCAGAGGCAGCUGGUGCCGCUGGGCCAGUGGAUGCCCAAGGUGGCCGUGGACGCCUACGUCGCCCCCGAGGCCGUGCUCGCCGGCCAGGUCACCGUCCACGACGGCGCCUCCGUCUGGAGCGGCUCGGUGCUGCGGGGGGACCUCAACAAGAUCACGCUCGGUUUCUGCGCCAACGUCCAGGAGCGAUGCGUCCUCCACGCCGCAUGGGCGGCACCUACAGGACUUCCAGCUGAGACUCUUGUCGAUCGGUAUGUGACAGUGGGUGCCUACUCUCUGCUGCGCUCUUGCACCAUCGAACCUGAGUGCAUCAUUGGUCAGCACUCCAUCCUUAUGGAAGGUUCACUGGUUGAAACCAACUCGAUCCUUGAGGCUGGCUCUGUCCUGCCCCCUGGAAGGCGGAUUCCAACUGGUGAACUCUGGGCUGGAAGCCCGGCCAGGUUUGUCCGGAAGCUAACCAAUGAGGAGAUCAUGGAGAUCCCAAAGCUCGCGACGGCAAUCAACGAUCUGAUGCAAAGCCAUUUCUCAGAGUUCCUCCCUUACUCUACCGCUUAUUUGGAGGUAGAGAAGUUGAAGAAGUCGUUCUCGAUUCCCCUGUAAGAGCUUGUUUACCCCACAUCCAGCUGAAUUGAAUGAGGAAAUAAAGGUGCCCAAAUACUAGAUGUUUCGUAUCGAGUCUAACUUGUACUCUGGGUUGAUCUGUUGCAUCGCAAAUUUUUUUGUCUAUUGUUGUGAGCCUGGGGCCACGCUUUGCAGGAACCAUGUCGUUGUAUCUGUUUACCUAAUGAAAUGCACUGUUCUCGAUAGUGUUCUUCCA